AGUUUGUGCGAGUGGAUAUCAUGGAUCGUCUCUACAGCAAGAUAAGAACGGGUGGUGGUCCGCAUAGGAGACGGCGUGGCCGGAUUUGUGAGCAGCAACAUCGUCGUCUAUGUAGCAACGACGGCCGGCGGCGACACAUGGCCAUUCAUGGCGCAUACACCUGCGAUGGAGAAUAGCUAUGUACAGGUACAUCACCUCGCCACCUCCAUGGCCAUCCACACCCACAAACCAUUUCUUGCCCCUCCAAAACAUGUACACCUUGCGUUUCACUCUCCCACUAGCGCUCCUAGUAGGCUUCUAGCUACCACCAGGAGUCGUCCCGGAUUGAGCCAGCCAGCGGCGAUGAUGGCGGAGACGGACGCCGACAAGCUCCGGUUCAUCGAGGAGGUGACGGCCGACGUGGCCGCCGUGCAGGAGCGCGUGCUGGCGGAGAUCCUCUCCCGCAACGCCGACGCCGAGUACCUCUCGACGCGGUGCGGCGGCGCCACCGACCGCGCCACCUUCCGUGCCAAGGUCCCCAUGGUGACAUACGAGGACCUGCAGCCGUACAUCCUGCGCAUCGCCCACGGCGACCGCUCCCCCAUCCUCUCCGGGUCCGGCUACCCCGUCUCCGAGCUCCUCACCAGCUCCGGCGCCGGCGACCGCAAGCUGAUUCCCGUCGUGGACGACGACCACGACCGCCACCAUCGACUGCACAGCCUCGUCGGGGCAGUCGUCAAUCAGUACGUGCCGGGGCUCGACAAGGGGAGUGGUCUCUACUUCCUUUUCGUCAAGUCGGAGACGACGACGCCCGGUGGCUUGCCUGCGCGCACCAUCCUCACGCGCAUCUUCACCAGCGACGGCGUCUGGAAGCUCCCCUACAACCCCCGCCGUGGCCUCACGAGUCCGGCGGCGGCCGUCGUCUGCGAGGACACGUUCCAGAGCAUGUACACGCAGAUGCUGUGCGGGCUGUGCCACCGCCACUCCGUGCUGCGCGUCGGCGCCGCGUUCGCCUCCGGCGUCCUCCGCGCCAUCCGUUUCUUCCAGCGGAACUGGCCGCAGCUCGCCGCGGACAUUGACGCCGGCACGAUCACCGACCGCGUCACUGACCACGUUCUGCGUCAGGCGCUCGCCGGCGUGCUCACACAGCCAGACCCCGACCUUGCACGGGUCGUCCGUUCCGAGGGCUCCAAAGCCGACGACGGCGCCGACAUGGCCGGCAUCAUCGCGCGUCUCUGGCCAAACACCAAGUACGUCCACGCCGUAGCCACGGGCUCCAUGGCGCACUACGUCCCAGCUCUCAAUCACUACAGCGGCGGCCUGCCGAUCGUCUCCACCGCGUAUUUCUCCUCGGAGUGCAGCGUCGGCAUCAACCUCCGGCCGAUGUGCGACCCGUCCGAGGUGUCCUACACCGUCAUGCCCAACAUGGCCUACUUCGAGUUCCUCCCCACGGACGACGACGACGCCACGGCGUCGGCGACGAGCCAGCUCGUGGAGCUCGCCGGCGUGGAGGUCGGGCGCGAGUACGAGCUGGUGGUGACCACGUACUCCGGGCUGUGCCGGUACCGCGUCGGCGACGUCCUCCGCGUGACGGGGUUCCACAACACGGCGCCGCAGCUCCGGUUCGUGCGCCGCCGGAACGCGGUGCUGUCCGUCGAGUCGGACAAGACCGACGAGGUGGAGCUGCAGCGCGCGGUGGACCGCGCGUCCGCCGCGCUGCUCCGCCCGCUCGGCGCCGCCGUGGCGGACUACACCGCCCGGACGUGCGCCGAGACCGUGCCGGGUCACUACGUCGUGUACUGGGAGCUGCAGCUGCCGCUCGGCGCCGCGGACGUCGUGGUCGACGGCGGCGACGUGCUGGACCGGUGCUGCCUGGAGAUGGAGGAGGCCCUGAGCUCGGUGUACAGGCAGAGCCGGGUGGCGGACGGCACCGUCGGCCCGCUGGAGAUCCGGGUGGUGCGGCCGGGAACCUUCGAGGAGCUCGCGGACCAUGCCGUGGCGCGUGGCGCCUCCGUCGGCCAGUACAAGGUGCCCCGGUGCGUCACCGCGCCGCCGGACAUCGAGCUGCUCGACUCGCGCGUCGUCUCCAACCACUUCAGCCCCGCGUUGCCGAAGUGGGUACCUGGUUAGCGGUUCCAUUAAUCGGGCAGGCGGACAACAGGGAGAAAUGCUAAUGAGGCUCUGCUACGUAUAUGUAAAUCUACUUUUUUUUUUACGUAUUUUUAUAAUUUUUUGAUAGUUCUAUAAAUAUAUAUUAAAUUUUAAAGUUCCAA